UCGAGCGCGGCCUCCGCCUUCCUGUGCCACCCCCGCGGGGACAGCGCCGGGACCCCCCUGGCGUGUCCCCCGUGUCCCCGGCCGUGUCCCUGUCCCCGUGUCCCUGUCCCCGUGUCCCUGUCCCCGUGUCCCUGUCCCCAUGUCCCUGGCGCUCAAGGCCCGGCAGCGGGCGAGGCGCAAGGGCGGCUCCCGGGAGCGGCUCUUCGGCUGCGACCUCCUCGAGCAUCUCCAGCGCUCGGGGCAGGACGUGCCGCAGGUGCUCCGGAGCUGCACGGAGUUCGUGGAGCAGCACGGGGUGGUCGAUGGCAUCUACCGCCUGUCCGGGGUGUCCUCCAACAUCCAGCGGCUGCGGCAGGAGUUCGAGGCGCAGCGCAGCCCGGACCUGUCGCGGGACGUUUACCUGCAGGACGUUCACUGCGUCAGUUCCCUGUGCAAGGCCUACUGCCGCGAGCUGCCCAACCCCCUGCUCACCUACCAGCUCUACGACAAGUUCGCCGACGCCGUGGCCAUCCAGAUGGAGGAGGCUCGGCUGGUGAAGAUCAAGGAGGUGCUCAAGGAGCUGCCGGUGCCUCACUACAGGACUCUGGAGUUCCUGAUGCGUCACCUGCUGCGCAUGGCCGGCCACAGCGGCCGCACCAACAUGCACGCGCGGAACCUGGCCAUCGUGUGGGCCCCCAACCUGCUGCGCUCGAGGGACAUCGAGGUGUCCGGUUUUAACGGCACGGCGGCGUUCAUGGAGGUGCGCGUUCAGUCCAUCGUGGUGGAGUUCAUCCUCACCCACGUGGAGCAGCUCUUCGGGGACGCCCCGCUCCGAGGUGGGGACUGUCCCCGUCGCUCGCUGCUCCUGCCCGGGGGGGCUCCCCCUCUGCACGUCCCGGCCGUGCUGAGCCAGGGUGACGGCCCCCCCCAGAUGAGACCCUACCACACCAUCAUCGAGCUCGGCGAGCACAGGAGCAAGGGCUCCCUGAAGGCCAAGAAGUGGAGAUCCAUCUUCAACCUGGGCCGCUCCGGGCAUGAGGCCAAGCGGAAGCCGGGGAAGGCGGAGGAGAAAGACAAGUGUGAGAAGGUCAGUCUGCGGCCGGCCAAGAGCAUGGACUCGCUCAGCUCCGGCCCCUCCGGACCCCCAGGCGCGGACGCCCCCCGGCUGCUGCCGAAGCUGUCGAUGAAGCUGCGGCCGCAGCGGCAGCACAGCUCGGACGCUGCCUCCGCUCCCCCGGAACCGCACCCGGAGCUGGACGAGAGCCUGGAGGAGCCCCUGGAAGCGGCGGCCGAGAGCAGCACCAAGUCGGAGCCCACCACCCCCAAAGCCCCCCGGGCGGGGCCGGGGGUCUGCGGCCGCUCCCGCGCCGAGAAAUGCGCGGGGCUGCACAUCUCGGGCCCCUUCUCGGUCACCGUCCCCUUCCACAUCACCUCCAACCUGUCCCGCCUCACCCGGGGGCUCCCGUGCCCCGCGCUGGAACGGGAAACUCCCCCCGGCAGCGCCCCCGAGCCCGCCCGGGACCCCCGGCCCCGCUCCGGAGAUGCGGAGCAGACACGGCUCUCCCUGGAGCUCCGCGAUUCCUUCGCCUUCCUGGACGGCCCCGAGACGUGGCUGGAGGGCGGCGGGGACACGGACGCGGCGGCGCGGAGUCCCGGGAUCGAGGAUGGAACCCCCGGGAUCGAGGAUGGAACCCCCGGGAUCGAGGAUGAGACCACCGGGAUCGAGGAUGGGACCCCCGGGAUCGAG